AUUUACGGUAUGUACAGACAUUCGAAUUUGGGCAAAAAAAUUGUCAAGAUCCUCAACAUUGUGUUUUUUGUCUGUGUGAUAUGAUGAAAGAAUUGAAAAUGACUGAAAACAACAUUCGACAAUAUUUCGAUUUUCAACAAUUAUUGAAACAAUUUUUUCUUAAAAAUCAAUGUGUUUCUACAGCUCAAUUAGAUUGUUGGCUCAAUCGAAUCAAAGAAAAACUUCAACAUAAUGAACAAAAUGAUCGUAUUGAUAGAGAAUUAGCUAUUAUAAAUGCAAAUCAAACAUUACGUUCAUAUGGAUUUGCUAUUAAAAAAGUUUUCUGUAAAUCAUCCGAUGAAACAUUCUAUACAUUGAUCAAUGAAACUGAAGAUGCUUUAACUGCCAAAUCAAUGUGGACACGAAAUGAAAAUUCAUUUUACUAUCUGUUGGUUGAUGCAAUUGUCAAAUCAUUUUUGCAAAUCGAUGACAACGAUGAUAAUGAUGGUUUCAAUUUGAAUGAACAUUUAGCAAUUGGAAUGACAUCGGCAAACAAUGUGGCACGAAAUACAAAUAUAACAAUCAUUUUGGGUGAGAAAAUUCUUAAAAAUUGGAUCAAUCAAUAUUGGUUUAAGAAAAUUGAUCGAGGUAGUAAAAUAACAUUAGGUGUUCGAACAUUAACACAAAAAAGUGGCUAUCUAAUACGUAAAUAUAAUCUAUCUGCUUGUAAACAUUGUGGCCUUGUUUGUUUUUAUGGCUCAAAAUGUACAAAAUGUAAUAUUUGUUGGCAUGAAAAAUGUUUACAAUCAUCCAACAACAAUACUUGUUCAUCAUGUAACCAACCAUUAUCCAACAAUCAAAUUUGUAAAUGAUAACAUUUGAUAUUU